AUGGAAUUUCCCAUUUUCCUCUAUUUUCUACUUCCUCUUGUUUUUACUUUUCGUGAUCAAAUCGUCGGUGUCCGUGGAAAACUAACCUGCAAUAACCGGUUACUGCAAGGCGCUACAAUUCGGUUGAUCGAGAAAAAUUAUAUUGGGCCCGAUGUGAUCUUGGCAGAAAACAAGACGAAUUUUCAAGGAAGCUAUGAAGUGGUCGGAAAAGGAAGAGGGAUGUUGGAGAUGAACGUAUUUUUAAGGAUGUUUCAUGAUUGUGACGAUAAAGUUAUUCCUUGUCAACGAACAGUCAGUCUACGCAUUCCAUCCACGUACAUCACGCGUGGCACCACUGUCAACAAUUAUUUCGAUGCUGGGACAAUGAAUAUGGCGUUCCGGUACCCGGACGAACAACGCUCAUGCACCGACAGGAUAUUCAGUUGA